AUGAUUACAUUAGCUUUAGUAUUAGUAUUAAUUCUUACUUUAUAUAUAUACGGGACGAGAAAUCAUAAAUAUUGGGAGCAAAAAGGAGUGAAACAUGAUAAGCCCCUACCCUUAUUCGGUAAUAAUGCCAGAAAUUACUUGAUGCGAAAAAGUGUGACUGAGUUGGCAGUAGAGUCGUAUUGGAAGUUUCCGACAGAGAAAGUAGUGGGGUUUUACCGGGCGUCUCAUCCUGAGCUUAUAAUCAGAGACCCGGAGAUCGCGAAACAAAUACUUGUCAACGACUUCGCCUACUUUUACCCCCGAGGUUUGAACAAACAUAAAGAUGUAAUAGAACCCCUACUUAAAAACUUGUUCUUCGCGGACGGUGACACAUGGCGGCUGCUGCGCCAGCGCAUGACGCCGGCCUUCACUAGUGGCAAGCUAAAAGCUAUGUUCCCCCUCAUCGUAGAGCGCGCCGAGCGGCUACAAUCGCGCCUGCUAUCUGUCGCCACGGCGGGGCAGGAGAUCGAUGCUCGAGACCUGAUGGCACGAUACACUACAGAUUUCAUUGGUGCCUGCGGGUUUGGUCUCGACGCGGAUUCGCUGCAGGAUGAAAAUUCAGCAUUUCGGCAACUAGGAGAUGACAUAUUUCAAAUAGACAGAAAAAGAAUGCUUGUAUUAAUUUUAAAAGAUCUAUUUCCUUAUUUGUUUAAGCAUUUGAAAGGUUUGGCAAAAAUAGAGAAAGGCAUGUUCACCUUGGUAAAUGCAGUCUUAAAACAAAGAAAUUAUCAACCAUCUGGUAGAAAUGACUUUAUAGAUCUUUUACUGGAGUGUAAGAGGAAAGGAACAAUGGUGGGAGAGUCGAUUGAGAAAUUUAAACCGGAUGGUACACCUGAAACUGCCACUCUGGAAAUGGACGAUGAACUGCUUGCAGCACAAGUAUUUAUAUUUUUUGCAGCAGGAUUUGAAACCUCGUCUUCAGCCACAAGUUUCACGCUGCAUGAGCUCGCCUACAACCCUGAGAUACAAGUCAAAGUGCAAAAUGAAAUAGAUAGAGUCUUAGCAAAUCAUAAUAAUAAACUCAGUUAUGAUGCUAUCAAAGAAAUGACGUACCUUGAAUGGGCGCUUAAAGAAGGAAUGAGAAUAUUCCCAUCUCUGGGAUUCCUAAUCAGAAAAUCCUCGCGUAAGUACACCUUUAAGGAACUCGAUCUGACGAUUGAUGAAGGCGUACUCAUAAACAUACCUUUACAAGCGCUGCAAAAUGACCCCAAAUACUUUGAUAACCCCAGCGAGUUUAGACCGGAAAGGUUCAAUCCCAAAAACUUUGAUCCUAAAAACAAGCAUGUGUAUAUGCCGUUUGGAGACGGACCUCGUGCUUGCAUUGGCGAGCGCUUGGGCCUAAUGCAGUCCGUGGCGGGGCUGGCGGCCGUGCUGUCACGCUACAGCGUGCGGCCCGCGCCGAGCUCGCGCCGCCGCCCGCGCGUCAACCCCGGCUCCAGUGUCGUGCAGGCCGUACGAGGCGGACUGCCGCUGCUCUUCACCGAGAGGACACCCAAGCAAGCGGCCACUUCAGAC